UGCAUUCUAUGGCUUCAUGGCGGAUGCUAAAGUGCAGCGCCAACAAGCUCGUCUCGCCAAAAUCCGCGCAGCUUUACAGCGGCUUGGUUUCUCGACACUACGAGGUCUUCAGGGCGCUGCUCUGCGGCGUGUUCUGUCUGGGAAGGACACGUUGGUGCUGAUGCCCACUGGUGGAGGCAAGUCGCUUUGCUAUCAGCUGCCGGCGCUACUGCUACCCGGCCUCGUUGUAGUGGUGAGUCCGUUGUUGGCUCUGAUGCAGGACCAAGUAGCUUCUCUGCGCAAAAAGCAUAUUGGAGUGGAAAUGUUUUCGUCCUUGGUGGCUCAGUCACAACGAGAACGAAUUGUAGCUCGACUGCUGAAACAGUUCGAAACUGCAACUCAGAACGUUGAGGAUGAGCGAGUCGAGAUGCUUUACACGACGCCCGAGACGCUACAGGGCGAGCAGAUGCAGCUUCUACUGCAGCAAUUGCAGAAACGAGGGGGUCUCGCAUUAUUCGCCAUCGACGAGGCUCACUGCAUCAGCUCCUGGGGUCACGAUUUCCGACCGGCAUAUCAGAAUUUGGGAAAGCUGAGAAAGUUGUUCCCUAAAAUACCGGUGAUUGCUCUUACCGCUACUGCUACCGAACGUAUUUCAACCGCGCAAACAUCUCGUAUACGGUGUACGACAAGGAGAUGUUGGCGGACCCGGUGGGUGCAUUAUGUCGCUAUAUCAAGAAAGAUCAUACCAAUUCGUGUGGUGUUGUGUAUGUCCACAAGCGCAGCGAUACAGAUGAUUUGGUACUCUCGAUGCGAAAGCGAGACCCACUGUUGAAGGUUGCCGCAUUCCACGCUAAAAUCCCCCAGCAAGAACGAGAAGCUACGUUGCAAAAGUGGUUAAGUGGGGAGAUACAAAUUGUAUGUGCGACGAUUGCUUUUGGAAUGGGUAUCGACCACCCAAAUGUUCGCUUCGUUGUGCACUGGAAUAUUCCGAAAUCAUUAGAGAACUUUUAUCAAGAAUCAGGACGAGCUGGUCGAGAUGGAGAACCAAGUCAGAGUGUGCUGCUCUACUCCGCCCGUGAUUACGCUUUAUUUCGCUUUCUACUGGAGAAAGAAGCCUUGAAGCAGCCCGAUAAUGCUACGCCAGCAGCAGGGCAGAAAAAGAUACGCUCGAAGAAUGUGGACAGCGUUGCGCAUGCCUUGAAGCUAUUGGAGCAUGUCAAGGUGUUUGCUACUAAGAAAGAGUGCCGGCGUCAAGCUUUAUUGCGGUACUUUGGGCAGAAGAUGGCAGUGACGGAUUGCAAGGGAGCAUGCGAUGUAUGCAACCCAAAACUCAACUUGUUUCGCUUUGAGGAGAAGCCUGUGAUUGACAAGCGCACGGAAGGAUUUUACCAACAGUCAAUAAAAACAAUCAAGGCUCGUGGGUCGUUCACUGAGAAGAAAAUGCGGACAGGAGACACGCGGCGUGAUAAUUUGAUAAACGGACUGAGAGGAUCCUACGUACCUGAACAGACCAAGUCCGUGGUCGUUCGAGGUGGAAGCAAACGCGCUCUUGGAGCUGCCGGAUUUGUCGCUGUCAAUGGAAACGUGAGCUCCAGUGAAGAAGAAUCCGACGAAGAUGAAGCGUCAGCUAUCGCUCAGGCAGUGCGUUCCAGGCAGAGGAAGCAGAAUUUAGACGACACUUUGGACGCCUUGGAGCGAGCAGAACAAGCCUCAGCGGACAAUAGUGGAGAUCGAAAGCGACGGAAGGUUUCAAGAGCGUGGGAAUAGUAAUAAGUGUCCACCGUUGGCGAUGCAGCACUCGAUUAAUGCAUCAACAUUUUUUUCAACA